AGCAAAGCAACCGAGCCAGUCAGCAUCACGUGUGCGGACGUGACGGCUGUGUUUCGUGCGCCGCGGCUCUAUUAUUCACGCGCCAUUUGACAGUUGUGCCGUGUAUAAUAAUGACAGUAGUGAAUCACUGUACAACGUAGUGGUUGUUGCUGUUAAUCAAAACGUGAGCAGUUCGUAUCGUGUGAUAUUCAUGGGAUGCGAGAGAUCAUAAUUUUACAGUUUCUUUACAUAGAACCAUGGGAAUACACAUCAAUCAAAGCAUCUACGUUAUUUGAUUGAACUGACAUUUUAAACAUUCUUGUGUGCGUGCAAUGCUGACAAGUACUAGUUUGUGAGUGUGCGUGCGAUGGCGCGUAGUGCUGUGGCGUUGUCAGCCAUACUGGUGUUGGUUCUGUCGCUGUUGGAGACCACGUUCGCUCACUACACGUCGACAUGGGCCGUCCACAUACCAGAAGGGAAGGACGUGGCGGAUGCAGUCGCCGUGGAACACGGGUUCGUCAAUCUUGGAGAGAUAUUCGACAAUCACUACCACUUUCAUCACAACUCGAUUGCUCGGCGGUCGCUUACGCCAGCACACGAGCAUCAUGGAAGGUUGGAAGGAGACGCGAGGGUACGAUGGGCAAGACAACAACGAGCCCUCUCCAGAAAGAAAAGAGAUUUUAUACCAAUACCUUCAGACCUCAGUUCUACAGCUGAAACAAAAACAUCGUACGCACCCGCGGCGUCGUCAGCGUCGAAACGGGAUGCGGGCUUGAAACGAGAGCUCCAGCCGUCACGGGUGAAGGCGCGGCCACGGGCUGCCGACUCCAAAUUCCAGCUCAAUGACCCCAAAUGGCCUCAUAUGUGGUAUUUAAAUCGCGGUGGUGGUUUGGACAUGAACGUGAUACCAGCGUGGCGGGAAGGCAUCACCGGCAAGGGCGUCGUGGUCACGAUCCUAGACGACGGCCUCGAGACUGACCAUCCAGACUUAAUCAACAAUUACGACCCGAUGGCGUCGUACGACGUUAACGCACACGAUUCCGACCCCCAGCCCCGAUACGACAUGAUCGACUCGAACAGACACGGCACGAGAUGUGCGGGGGAAGUCGCGGCUACUGCUAAUAACUCGCAGUGUGCCGUUGGCGUCGCCUUCGGAGCCAGUGUUGGAGGAGUUCGUAUGUUGGACGGUGACGUCACGGACGCUGUGGAAGCAAGAUCGUUGAGUUUAAACCCUCAGCACGUGGAUAUAUACAGUGCAUCAUGGGGCCCCGAUGAUGAUGGAAAAACUGUGGACGGCCCUGGUGAAUUGGCUACUAGAGCGUUCAUUGAAGGAGUUACUAAGGGUCGCAACGGAAAAGGGUCGAUAUUCGUUUGGGCAUCAGGAAACGGCGGCAGAGAGCACGACAACUGUAACUGCGAUGGCUACACCAACUCAAUAUGGACCUUAUCGAUAUCUUCAGCGACGGAGCGCGGUGAAGUGCCGUGGUAUUCAGAAAUGUGCAGCUCCACUCUAGCAGCUACAUAUAGCAGCGGGGCUAUUAAUGAAAAACAGGUGGUGACCACAGACCUGCAUCAUUCGUGCACAGCCUCCCACACCGGUACUUCAGCAUCGGCACCCCUCGCUGCAGGCAUCUGUGCUUUAGCUCUGCAAGCCAACCGAGAUCUGACGUGGAGGGAUAUGCAGCAUAUAGUGGUGCGCACCGCGCGACCAGAAAGGCUGAGCAUCGGCGGUGAAUGGCGCGUGAAUGGAGUCGGUCGCAACGUGUCCCACUCGUUCGGUUAUGGACUCCUGGACGCCGCUGGUAUGGUUCGGCUGGCGAGGACCUGGCGUACUGUCCCGCCGCAAAGAAGAUGCGAGUUAGCCGCCGCGCGACCACAGCGUAUUGUGUCGCCACGGUCUUCCGUCUACUUGCAGCUGUCGGUAGAAGCGUGCCCCGGCGUCAACUACUUGGAACACGUGCAGGCGCGCGUGUCUUUGUCGGCAGCGCGGCGAGGGGAUCUCAGGAUCGCGUUGACGUCACCAGCUGGGACCAGGGUCACGCUACUCGCGCCAAGACCGCACGACUCUUCCCGGGCCGGAUUUAACUCAUGGCCUUUCAUGUCCGUUCACAUGUGGGGAGAGUCCCCGCUCGGCGUGUGGCAACUAGAAGUGUCCAACGAAGGCCGAUACAUGGGCCGAGCGACAUUGCAAGACUGGUCAUUAACAUUAUACGGAACUAGUUCACCAGCGACCAAAAACGAUCCGAUACCAUUCCGGAAUCCCAUUAUACGGAAGGGGAACGUGACGCGUCCCGUAGUGGUGCAGGCGGGACGUAAAAAUAACAGAGGGAAGCCCCUGCCAAUAGUGCCGACCUACACAGUCGGACUAGUCAAGAGGAAAAAGAAUAAGAAUUCAAAGAACCCGAAUAGGAAUUCGCAGAAGUCAAAGCAGAGUCGGCCGGCGACGCGCUCUCCGAUAGAAAGUACAACGCCGCGCGUGACAACGCCUACAGCGCCUGAUCUCAGCCUCAAUUUGCGAGGGGACCUAGCGGACCCUUUGGCGGAUGCUCGCGGGCGCAAGAUGUCCAGCCUGUUCGAGCAAUAUCCGAAAAUCCAACGUAUAUACCCCGCGCCGCUGCAAGCCAACGCGGGUCCUCUUACACAAUGGGAGUUGAUAUUCUACGGGACGGAGACACCUCCUCAGGAAGUCGAUGCGUCCCCGGAGACGAAUCUAGUUGGUCCGGGACCGGUUGUCGAGGAAGUUCCCUGGACGGGUGUCAGUGAACCCGAGUCUAUGGAAGAUGGAAGGAAGAAUACUAUCGAUGAUGAUUUGGCACUCGUCUGGCAUGACUCGCAAACGACCCGUGAAGAGAGCCCGCCAGCUGCCGGUGACGUGGAAACAGGGCAGUACUCAAGCAGCGCAGCGGGGUGCGUCACACGAGCCCCCCAACUACCCCAUACCUGUCUAGAAUGCGCGAAGGGCUUGCAUUUGUACAAAGGCCGGUGCUACAACCAGUGCCCGGACGGCACGUACGCCAGUGAGAUAUCGUGGGACAGGAGCUCGAGACGACGUAACCUCACUUACUUUUCCGAAGGUGCUGUUAUGAAAAGGCAGGAUGUUAACGCGACCGCUUUAGAGGCUUUGGACAUGGAGCCUGUCAACGAUACGAAAACACCACUAACAUGUCUUCCUUGUCAUUACACUUGUGCGACGUGUGUAGGACCUCACGACAGCCAAUGCACCUCUUGUUUAGACGACGCUAAGCUGUACAAUGUAACUGGUACUGAACCGAAAUCGUACUGUUAUCCAAACACAGUGUUGUCGCAAAUUAGAGACGCAUACAUGUACUCUAGGAUGAAUUUGGCAUUAAUUGUAGUCGGGUUUGUAAUCACGUUCACCGCGUUGUACUUUACGAUACCCUGUAUUUUGAGACGGUAUUGUUACGGCGGUUAUUACUUCUCCAACGUGGCGUAUAAUAAAUUGGCUGUAGACGAUAAACAACAAAGCGCCGUGGAGGUCGAGGAAGAAAUCCGCAAGGCUUUAAAGGAUAACAGUGAAAGUGAAUCGGAAGACGACUUGAAUUUAUAGCAACUGUUAACAUUCCAACACAAGUAUUACGAACUAAUUGAUCAAGAUUAUGUUAGUGAUUAGGUUAAUGUAGUUGUAAACUAAAGCAGGGCUCGUGUUUGUGAUAUUUCAAUCGGUUGUCACAGUUUUUCGUGUUUUAAUGUUAGUAGACGAGGUAGAUAGAACGAUUCGUACAAAUGAUUAGUAAUUUCGUAUAGGUAUUCGUUUGUCCAAAGAAAUUAUACAAGACUAUCAAACAUCUUUUCUUCAAUUUUACAAAUUUCUCCGUCAAUCUACCUUUAGUAGUAAUAGUUUAGAAUUAAAUUAACAGUCAUAAUAUCUACAUUCUGUUAGCGGGAUAUAGUUUCUUUUGUAUGAUUUUCAUGACUAAGUAAUUUUAAGGAACGCGAUGAUUUCAUAAGAAUCUAGAUCAUAAGUACUUUUAUAAUCAAAAUAGUCUGAAAGUCUACCUUAAACAUAAUAUUAGGAGACUGUUAAACUUACCUUCAUUAUAUUUGCAUCGCAUAUUAUGCAUUUUUUCUCUACUUAUUUUCAUAAUCUCAAUUGUAGAUAUUUCUUUACUAAACUAAGAACCUAUAGAAGUGAAUUGAACAGCUCAGUUCGCGGUUCAUUCGAAAUUAACAAAUUAAUAGCAAGUAUUACUGCUCGAAGAGACUUGACUAUAAUCAUCUAGGUUAAUGUUUUCUCUUUUAUUUCAAUUAAUCAUAAGUAAUGAUAAAGCAUAAUAAUGUGUAUUUGCUCAAGUUGCCAUUUGUUUGUUUUCUACUGUCCUUUAAUGGAUAUGUAAAUAUUUGUAUGUAUAGUAUAAAUGAGUUCCUAUUUU